GCAUUUAACAGUCUAGACAAUCUACUGCAUUGUAGCGUUUGCCAAUAAUUUUCCUAAGAAAAAUCUUUUUGAGUAGAAUUGCUGUCGACAGGCAUUUUUGGUUUGUAACGUCAAAGAUGAGGGUUGCAAGGCUGCCUGACAUGCUCUUCAUUCUCUUGUGGAUAACAGAGGUGUCUACCAAAGUAAAAUCAUCCAGGAAAGGGAAAAAGGUUGUAUGCCCUUCUCAGUUGUCAGCGGAAGACCUUGCACGAGUCCCUGCGAAUUCAACGAGCAACAUUCUGAACAGGUUGCUUGUCACUUAUGAUCCCAGAAUUCGGCCAAACUUUAAAGGUAUUCCAGUAGAAGACAGAGUGAAUAUUUUCAUAAACAGUUUUGGCUCGAUUCAAGAAACGACCAUGGAUUAUAGAGUGAAUAUCUUCCUGAGGCAGAGAUGGAAUGACCCCAGGCUUAGACUGCCCACUGAUUUCAAGUCUGACGCCCUCACUGUGGACCCCAAGAUGUUCAACUGCCUGUGGAAGCCUGACCUGUUCUUUGCGAACGAAAAGAAUGCCAACUUCCAUGAUGUCACACAGGAGAACAUACUGCUGUUCAUUUUCCGCAAUGGCGAUGUGCUCAUCAGCAUGAGGUUGUCUGUCACUCUGUCUUGCCCGCUGGAUCUGACCCUGUUCCCCAUGGACACGCAGAAAUGCAACAUGCAGCUGGAAAGCUUUGGCUAUACAACAGAUGACCUGAGGUUCAUGUGGCAGUCUGGUGACCCUGUGCAGAUGGAUGAGAUUGCUCUUCCUCAGUUUGACAUCAAACAAGAAGACAUUGAAUAUGGAAACUGCACCAAGUACUACAAAGGGACUGGUUACUACACCUGUGUGGAGGUGAUCUUCACCCUGCGCAGGCAGGUUGGGUUCUACAUGAUGGGCGUCUACGCCCCCACCCUCCUGAUCGUGGUUCUCUCGUGGCUGUCCUUCUGGAUCAACCCUGACGCGAGCGCGGCCAGAGUCCCGCUGGGAAUCCUGUCUGUGCUGUCACUGUCGUCCGAAUGCACAUCCCUGGCCGCUGAACUGCCCAAAGUGUCCUAUGUGAAGGCCAUCGACAUCUGGCUCAUCGCCUGCCUGCUGUUCGGCUUCGCGUCACUGGUGGAGUACGCAGUGGUGCAGGUGAUGCUCAACAGCCCAAAGAGGAUCGAGGCCGAGAAGGCCAAACUAGCAAACAAAGACAAGGCGGAGGGGAAGGCCCCAGCCAAGAACAACACUGUCAAUGGGACAGGGGGGACCCCCAUUCACGUCAGCGCCCUUCAGGUGGUUGAAACCAGGUGCAAAAAGGUGUGCACCUCCAAGUCAGACCUGCGAUCCAAUGACUUCAGCAUUGUCGGAUCGCUGCCCAGAGACUUCGAGCUGUCGAAUUUCGACUGCUACGGAAAGCCCAUUGAAGUCAGCAACGCCCUGGGCAAGUCUCAGGCCAAGAACAACAAGAAGCCACCACCGCCGAAGCCUGUCAUUCCCUCGGCGGCUAAAAGAAUCGACCUCUAUGCGCGGGCCUUGUUCCCCUUCACCUUCCUCUUCUUCAACGUCAUUUAUUGGUCCGUGUACCUGUGAUUAGCUUACCUCAGCUUGCUUGUUUGCACAAAUACAUCCUGCUGCUCUUUUUGGCCCUCCUCUAUGCACUAGAAAAGCAAUGGCAUUGCAUUGUGCAAUGGAUGAUGACAGAACAUACUAGCUAACAUCGACAAAACAGCUGCCAUUUGCACUAUGACAGCAUGACUAUGUGAAAAUGACAUGUGCUUCCAUCCAAAUUUUUUUGCCAAUAGUUGUACAGCUAAAGGCCCUA